AUGACGUUGACUGAAUACGAAAUGGAUAUUUCGACUUUUCCGUGUCCCGAAGACUAUACGCGCAUAUCGACGUUUUUACAAUGGAGAGACGACAAGGAAAACAUAACGAUUUUACGUUCGGAUUUAGGAGAACGGUUAAAAAUAUUUUCAUUAGAAAAUGAUAAAACGCCAGAAAUCCGACAAUCCGUGGUAAAUAACGACAGAGACCUUUUCGUGUUUAAUUUUACGUACGGAUGCAUACAGACUGUGUACGUAACCGAAAUGCAAAUACUCGUAAAUAAAUUUAUAAGAGAUGUUGACGUUAAUCGUCGCCGUCGUCGGUUCCUACGCUAA